UUCUCCUUCCUUCUUCGGUGCUGCUCGCUCCGUCUCCGACUCUCUCUCUGUCUCUCUCAUUCUCUUUCGCUCUCUAUCUGUCUGUGUUAACAAUGGCGUCCAUUUCAGCUGCUGCAGCUCUGCCGGAGCCUGUCAUGUUGUCGUCUACUAGAAGAGCUUCAGCAAUCGGGUCUCUUGGACCAGUUAGGCCCAAAUCAGCGCAUCUCCCCCGCCAGUUGCCCCCUUCCCAAGCACCUUUACUGUCUGAGGAAGGCUGUGGCCUGCAAAGUGUCGUCGCCAGAGGAUUCGCUCGGAGAAAAGUUUUGGCAUCUUCAAGUGCAUUGAUCUCUCUGGCAUUUCUGAUCGAUUCCCGAAAUAAAGAGGGUUUCGCUGAAGAAUUCGCUGACAUGCCGGCGCUUAGGGGGAAGGACUACGGAAAGACAAAAAUGAGAUUCCCAGAUUACACGGAAACAGAGUCGGGUCUUCAGUACAAGGACUUACGAGUUGGGAGUGGUCCCACGCCAAAAGUGGGACAGACUGUAGUGGUUGAUUGGGAUGGUUACACAAUAGGUUAUUAUGGCCGCAUAUUUGAAGCUCGGAACAAGACAAAAGGUGGUUCCUUUGAGGGUAAUGAUAAGGACUUCUUCAAGUUCAGGGUAGGAUCUGACGAGGUAAUUCAAGCAUUUGAAGAAGCCGUUUCUGGCAUGGCCCCGGGGGGCAUUAGAAGGAUCAUAGUGCCCCCAGAACUUGGGUAUCCUGAGAAUGAUUUCAACAGAAAGGGUCCAAGACCCACUACCUUCUCGGGACAACGAGCUCUGGACUUUGUCCUGAGGAACCAAGGGCUGAUAGACAAGACGCUGCUGUUUGAUAUUGAACUUCUUAAAAUUAUACUGAAUUGAUGCACUAUUGAGGUCCACCCUUAUGAUCCCAUGACGAGGCCUUGGACUCUAAAGAUGGCUAUUUCACGAAGCACCGAUAUUUGUUGGUGAAUUGCAUACGUAUUCCCCUAGAGCUGCAAAUACAUCACACUCCUGUUCUUUCUCUUCUUGGGCUUGGGAUUGACAGCCAGGGGGACCGUGGCCGGUCAACAAUUUUGUGUAUGCCUCAAUGAACAACAAAAACUGCACAAUCAUCAACUACUAGGACUCUUUUCCUUUUGUCCCAUGAUGGGAAGAUUGUCUUCAAUUGUUUGGUAACUGAAUGCUUGAAUGUAAAACCAAAAUCGCACUUAUCAUUUGAUUUCAAUGACGACGGGGAAUAUCUCUUUGGUCCCAUUAUC